AUGGAUAUUGGCGAGGCUCCUCGGGCUUGCGCUUCGUGCAAGAAGAAUAAGCGUGGCUGUGAUAAGGGUCUUCCACAGUGUAGCUUAUGUACUAGGCACAACCGUGUUUGCGAUUACUCAGAUAAUUCGCAAAUAAAUUACAGAGAUGAGCUCGAGGAUUUACGCAGUCGGGUGCAAGAACUUGAGCAGCGACUGACGCCGGUUACUCUGACACCAGCUGCAUCUUCCAUAAACGACCUACUCAAUCCUGAUAACUCGGCACAGCAUGUGCUUUAUCAUGACCUGUCAGCAGUAGCCUCUUAUAUUGACUCGGACACCAGCGCAACUUGCAAUAUCCCCAACCCUUCUAAUCAUGUUCCUGCUCCAGAGGACAUCUCUAGCGUGCUUAGUCUUUCGGACAUGGAAGAGAUCAAAUAUCGCUAUUUUGAUUCGGUACACACCUGGAUGCCAAUUGUGAGCAAAAUACGAUUGGACCGCAUCACUAACUACGACCAGGGCCAGGGCCAUUCAAAUCUUUACAAUGUGACCAAGAAACUGAGCCAAGAGCUCGAAUUCAACGGAAUCAUCACUGUCCGCGCAGUCCAGGCCGGCCUUCUUCUUUGUGUCUAUGAAGUAGGCCAUGGGAUAUUCCCAGCUGCAUUCCUCAACAUCAGCAGCUGCGCACGACAGGGUGUUGCCCUCGGCCUGCAUAACAAAUUGGCACCCCAGUUAGCUGGCACUCCCCGAAGUUGGGUCGAUUGGGAGGAAAGACAGCGGGUGUGGUGGAUGGUUGUCAUUCUUGAUAGGUACAUUGCGAUUGGCUCUGACCAUCGCCCGCUGUGUACUGAAGACCCAAAUAAAGAUACGCUACUCCCAGCGAGUGAUGAUGCUUGGGACAGCGGGGAGAUGAUGUGCCCGGAGCGUGUGCUACUCUCAUCAAACAGCGACACUCCAGUUAGUCCUUUCGCACGCCUAGCGCAGGCAUCUAACCUCCUCGGCCUUGUUGUCAAACACUGCAACGACACAUCCAUGGAGAUUGAAUAUGUGUUAGACAACUUUGAAAGGCUCACGCAGACACUAAUUGCGUUUCUGCAACUCUUGACUACAAGCCAAGACUUGUCGUCGAACCCAUUUACCACUGCAGCAGCAAUAUGCUUUAGUGCUUUGUUCAAGCUGGCGAACCAUCACUCCUGUGAUAUGCACAUCGAGCAAGACCUUGGUAUCGAAAUAGCCACUCGCGUCCGGGAGAUUAUGCAACGAAGUGUUCAAAUGUUGAAAGACACUUCCAAUCAAGUGGUAUUAUUCGUUCGAGAUGCCAGGCAAUCUCUUAAUCCACAAACUAUGGAGUUAGUGUCGCCAUUAGUCUUGAAUUGUAUCUAUAGCUCUACUGCAAAUCUCUCGUGGAUGGGCUUAGAGAAUGGCGCUCCACAGUAUGCCAUUGGAAAGGCUGUCUGCGAAGAAAUGCUACAAUCUUUAGGUGCUCGAUGGAAAGUGGCCAAUGCCUACUUGGAACUACAACGGGUUGCAGACCGUGAUCAAGAGGAGCAUGCGUAG